AUGGGUUCGCCUGAAAAUGAAUUUUAUGAGGAAUCUGAAGGUGAUUCCGUUUAUUCCGACGAUUUGCACGACGACCCGAGUUUCGAUGUUCUUGAUGAGACCCGGCUAUCUUUCUCAAAUCUCUCGCUAAAGAAGAAAACCAAAACCGGUAUUGUAAAGGGAACUAAUGAUGAAGAAGACGAAGGUCCAGGAGUGGUUGAAGCAGUUAUUCCUGAACUUAAUGAGGAGGACAGAAAAAGUUACGAAACGAUUCGGAAAGUUAUUGAAGAUGGUGGGGUGGAGAGACUGAAAGUGGAGCAAUGCAAGAUUUACUUAAGAAAACAUGGAUUGAGAUUGGGUGGCAACAAGGAAACUUUAAUUCUGAGGAUUAAGGAGCACAUUGAGAUUGUCGAUGGAGGCGGGGAGAAAAAGUAUCCGCCAUCGAGUUUCGUGUUGAAUUGCAAAGGCGAUGCUUGCACGGGAGAUGUUGUCAUGUUUGAACAGAACGUGUAUGAAGCGUUCAGUAUUGCAUCUCGUAGUGCGAAUGGUCCUCCUUGUGGCACGAGGAUUGUUGCCGGCCGUAUUGUGAAGGAGAGUUAUGGGGCCGCCAAGCAGCAACACACAUUCACGAUUGAAGUGUUGUGGAGUAAAGGAGAGAAACCACUGAACCCACUUCACCCUCUACUUAUCAAAGGCAGGAACCUCUAUAGAUUGAAAACCAUGAGACGGAAAUGGGAAGAUGAAGGCGAAAGGCAGAAAAUGCUGUCCGAAAAGCAUGCUAGAGGUGGUGCUGCUCGUUUGGAUCGAGAGGCACGCAUACAAAAGAAGGAAAUGAGAAAAGUUCACAAGCUGACGAGGUCAACACGAGAAGAGCACCCAAAAGCAAAACAGGAAAUAGCAAAAACUGGCCCUUUACUGCAUUCUCUACCCAUAAAGCAUGAAAAAACCAUCCAGCCAAAUUAUACGAAUGCGAAGCCUAAAUUUAUCCCGAAUGCACCCAUACUGCCACAAUAUAUUCCUCAAAGACAACCUCUGUACGGUAUUAACUUUGUUUUUCCGAACUCCAGUAACCUUUACAGUCAACAAAACUAUAUUGAUUCUAUCGUGAGGAAUCAUCAGAGCCAUUUUUCAAAUUUGAAUAAUUUCGUGAGCUCAACAAAGAAGAAGCUUCCAUAUAAAGAAAAUCAGGCACGCGGGCCCAUGAGGAGCUCGUCACAUGGGCUUGUUCACGAGCAAAAGCAGGCGUGCCGGUAUUAUGCUCAAGGAAGAUGCCACUUUGGAGAUAAGUGCAGGAAUUUGCAUGGAUCGGCUUCAAAUACAUCGUGA